AUGAGUAUUGCCCUUGCAGACACAAUCACGUGUAAUGCCACCCUGAGUUGUCCUGAGUCAGCACCAUGUUGCUCACAGUUUGGUCAAUGUGGUUCUGGUGCCUACUGUUUAGGAGGUUGCGAUAUCAGGUAUUCCUACAACUUGACUGCGUGUAUGCCCAUGCCACGUAUGGAAGACUAUGAACUCACAUUCAGCUCCAAGUCAGACGUCCAGGCUAUUGAAUUGCAAACGGAAUAUUUGGGAAACUCGUCUGAGGCUGACUGGGUCUAUACCGGUUGGGUCGACUACUAUGACAACGCUCUUUUAAUUCAAAUGCCAAAUCAUACAACUGGUACAGUUGUUUCGUCUACAAAGUACCUUUGGUACGGAAAAGUUAGUGCUACGCUCAAGACUUCGCAUGGUGGUGGUGUUGUUACUGCAUUCAUUUUAUUCUCAGAUGUCCAGGAUGAAAUCGAUUACGAAUAUGUUGGUUACAAUUUAACAAGUCCAGAAACAAACUUUUACGCCCAAGGUAUCUUGAAUUAUUCAAACUCGAGAACUUCCACAGUUAACGAUACUUUUGAGUACUACCACUUGUAUGAGAUGGACUGGUAUGAAGACCAUAUCGAUUGGAUCAUUGACAACGAAGUGGUGAGAACUUUGAACAGAGAUGACACUUGGAAUGACACAACCAAUAGAUACGAUUACCCUUCAACACCUUCAAGAAUUCAAUUUUCCUUGUGGCCAGGUGGUGACAGCUCGAAUGGUCAAGGUACCAUUGAAUGGGCUGGUGGUGAAAUUGACUGGGACGCUGAAGAUAUCAAAAAGUAUGGCUACUUUUACGCCCACAUCAAAGACAUUAAGAUUGAGACUCGCGACUUGCCAUCAAAUCUCUAUUUGGACGGUAACAGCACCGACGAAGAUGACUACCAUGCAUUCUUGUACAACAGCACCAAAGGUGAUGCUUCGGAUGUGAUUUUGACUUCAAAGAAAACAUGGCUUGGAAGUGAUGAUGCCACGGGAUUCGACCCACAAAACGACGAUGAUGACGCAUCGAAUAAUGAAGUCACCACGACAAUUGUCAAGACAAGUGGCUCCAGCACCAUAACAACAGUUCAAACAACAACAUCCAAGCACACUGCAAAUGUGCCAGCACAAAACACAGCAGCAGCCAAUCAGCAGACCAAUACUCAAGCCACUACAACUACAUACGACUCAAGCAAUGGUAUUGGAGGCUUUGUCCAGGAUGCAAGACUGACUGGCGAUUCCUCAUCCACCGGCAGUGGCGCAGCUGCCUCUGCUGCAGGGAUCGAAGGUGUUUUAUUCUCCAUCCUCUUGGGUGUAGUAUCUUAUAUGGUAUAA